CUUAGCAAAGGUUUCUGUUUCAGAGUGAGCUUCCUCUUCAGGGAGCGCUUUCAGAUGUCACUGUAUGCAGGUGCGUGUUUCUCAGGCUGGCUCACGGGAUUCCCUAGUUUGCUCUUUGGUGACCAGGGUUAUUUGCCCUCUUUCUUCUUUAUUAAUGGGAAGUGAAUGUACCUAAUACUACCUAAAAUGGGGCUCUUGCUGGGGAAGACAUAUACACCCAGUGGACAGGUUUGCCCCCAAUAUAAAAGGUCAUAUUAAGGGGCUUUUCGGGCUCAAGACCUGAAAGGCAUCUGUCCAUAGACUGAUCUUACUUUAAUUCUUUCCCCGAUAGGCAACCUUAUAGUUACCAGUUUCUGCAGCUAAGUAGGGAAGGCGGCUCCUUAUUGUGGAAGAAAAGGAGUUCAGUAGAAGUGGAACCCACAGAUGAAUAGGCAUAUUACUAGGGUAGAGGCAGCAAUCUGUGUCGAAAAAGCCAGAGAUAAGGCUGCAUGGUCUGUAUCCUCUCCAGUAAUGUAGAGUUUGGAGUCAUUGGCAAGGGUCUUCAGGAAAUAGGCCUUCGCUGUGCCACAGGGCUGCACACUGCAGUAAAGUACGAGCAGGCACUGUCUUUCUGAGUGUUGGAAAAGAAGCCCUAGAUUAUGAGUUAUAGUUUAAAAAGAAAAUUUUUAUUUCUGAGUUCCAUCUUUAUUCUUGGGCCCCUUUCUAUGGGCACAGGAGAUUCCUUUUAGUAGCUAAGACUGAUUGGUUAAUUAAUGGUCAGUAAUCUGUCUGCAUAAAAUCCAAGAUCUUUUAAUAUUUUACCGGGGGUGGGGGCUCUUUUGGAUACUGGGAGUUUCUGGGUGGAAGAGUAAAGGGGUAAGCAAACCUGCUUUAAUGAAUCCCGUAAGGAACUGCGUUUCCCAGGAAAUUCCUGACAUUUUUAGUUCAUGAAUUUCCGAAAACCCGAAUGGGUUUUCUCCUCCAUUCUGGGUCCUUCCAAAAGAAGAGUGGGCCGGGGUCUGAAUACUCGGCAGGGUCUGGUUCAUCUGCAGAGCUGGCCGACAACCCAGGCUGGGCUGAGCCCUAAGAAUGGUGCCCCCCUUCCCAAAUCUCAGAAGGAGGAGGGGGGAGGUAACCAAGCAAUCCUGGUCCCAAAGGGGUCUGGUUGCAGGUUUUGGGGUGAGUGUGGGUUUCUUUUCUAUUAUUGUUUUGGAGUAAGGGCAUAGCCUACGGGAAUAGGCACUGCGGGCACCUCGGCCCUGGUGCGGCUACUGUCCUUAGCCCAGCUCCCCCCGCUGGUGAGUGCGCCCGCCCGACUGUGCGGGGCUGCGGUUGGGAGGAGGGGGGAGCGGGAUCAUCUGAGGCCAGAGCCGCUGCCGUGCGCGGGGAGGGGGGAGCGGCGGGAGCGAGGGGAGGGAGAGGGGAGGGACGGGCUAGGUGUCUGCUGCUCCGCGCCACUGCUGCCGGCGCCCGGUCCUCGUCCCCAGCAGCCCCCUCUGCAGCUAAGGGUUUACCACCGCAGCACCUCUUUUUCCUCGCCUGCCUCUUCGGCCACGGCUCUGCGAUCUCGCGAGAGUGGCUGACUGGCUGUGGGGGUUGCGGCGGCAGCAGGCGGAGCCGGGGAGGGAAAGCAGCGGCGGCUGAGGCGACUGAGGCGGCGGGCGGAGCGGCAGGCGGCGGCGCGGCGGCGGAGCGCAGCAUCAUGGCGGACCGAGACAGCGGCAGCGAGCAGGGUGGUGCGGCGCUGGGCUCGGGCGGCUCCCUAGGGCACCCGGGCUCGGGCUCAGGCUCCGGCGGGGGCGGUGGUGGCGGCGGGGGCGGCGGCGGCAGUGGCGGCGGCGGCGGGGCCCCGGGGGGGCUGCAGCACGAGACGCAGGAGCUGGCCUCCAAGCGGGUGGACAUCCAGAACAAGCGUUUCUACCUGGACGUGAAGCAGAACGCUAAGGGCCGUUUCCUCAAGAUCGCUGAGGUGGGCGCUGGCGGCAACAAGAGCCGCCUCACCCUCUCCAUGUCUGUGGCAGUGGAGUUCCGCGACUACCUGGGCGACUUCAUCGAGCACUACGCGCAGCUGGGCCCCAGCCAGCCGCCCGACCUGGCCCAGGCACAGGACGAGCCACGCCGGGCGCUCAAGAGCGAGUUCCUGGUGCGCGAAAACCGCAAGUACUACAUGGAUCUCAAGGAGAACCAGCGCGGCCGCUUCCUGCGCAUCCGCCAGACAGUCAACCGGGGGCCCGGCCUGGGCUCCACGCAGGGCCAGACCAUUGCGCUGCCCGCACAGGGGCUCAUCGAGUUCCGUGACGCUCUGGCCAAGCUCAUCGACGACUAUGGAGUGGAGGAGGAGCCGGCCGAGCUGCCCGAGGGCACCUCCUUGACUGUGGACAACAAGCGCUUCUUCUUCGAUGUGGGCUCCAACAAGUACGGCGUGUUUAUGCGAGUCAGUGAGGUGAAGCCCACCUACCGCAACUCCAUCACCGUGCCCUACAAGGUGUGGGCCAAGUUCGGACACACCUUCUGCAAGUACUCGGAGGAGAUGAAGAAGAUUCAAGAGAAGCAGAGGGAGAAGCGGGCCGCUUGUGAGCAGCUCCACCAGCAGCAGCAGCAGCAGGAGGAGACCACCGCUGCCACCCUGCUACUGCAGGGUGAGGAAGAAGGGGAAGAAGAUUGAUCAAACUGAAUGAAACACACACACACACACACACACACACACACGCACGCACGCAUACACGUACGUGUACACACACACACACACACAGCCACACACAGAGAGAAAAUAUACUGUAAAGAGAGAAAAUAAAAAGUUAAAAAGUUAAAAAAAAAAAACUUAAACUCCAAGGGAGCACCACCCACAGAACCUCCACCAACUGACAGUUUCUCUUCUUGACUUGCCACCCAUCGCUGGAUGUUGUCCACUUUAUCCACCAUGUAAAACAGUAAGCAGCUGCUAAAAACAAAAAACAAAAAAAUAUACAAAAAGUAAUAACAUUAUAUGAACUGUGUUUCCUACUUGAUUAAAAAAUAUAAAGAACUGAGUGUUUAUUUCCCUAAUUAACCAAGAACUUUUGUACACGUUUAAGCUAUUAUUAUUAAAAGUGUUUGCAAAAUGGUCAAGAUUAUAAUAUUGCUGAAUUAUAUAAAAAGUCCUUUUCAUGUUGAGCUAACAUUUGACUUUAGCACAAAAAAGAGAUAUUUUAGAACACGUAAAAUAAUAUUUUUAGUUUUUCUCAUUUUGUUACCAAAUUUCAAACCUUACAUGGAGGUUAUUAUAGUAUAUUUGACAUCCUAUAUACCUGUGAUUAGAGAUGUGUAUAUAUAUGAGGGCUAGGCAUGCUGUGUGUCUGAGCUUUGUCUAAAUGUUAUGCAGAAGUUUGUAGAGUUCAAGGUACGUAGGUUUAAUUCAUGCAAGGUAAACAAUAAGUGCUCUCUUUUAUACAAUAUGCAUUGCAUCUGGACCUUAAACAUAUAAAAAUGGUCAGUGAAACUUCUGUGAACAUGAAGAAAUUAUUAAAAAAGGCAUUUAAAUGAAAUUUGCUAAGUUGUGAUUUUUAUGGUUGGAACCAAAGUUAUUCAAAUAGUAAAAGAAAAAGAGAAAGAAAAAGGAAAUUUCCCAUAAUAUUUUUCUGCAUCUGUUUGCUUUGACUGAGUAGGUGUUUUGUUAUUAUUGUGUAUAUGAGAUGUACUUGUAUUGUUCAUAAUAUAUAUUUUUUAUUAUGUGUAGAAAGAUUUUAAAAACCUAACUAACGUGCAGCAAUUUCCAGUGAACCUGUACUUGGAUAUCAGGUAGUGAGUCUAUUUGUGGUCACUAGCACUGUCUCCUAAACUUGUAAGAGGUCUGAAGCUAUCCUUUGAUUUUUUUUGCCAGUGCUAUUAACUUAUGUAGACCUGUUUAAAAGCAAAGCAACACCAUUAUAGUUAUCCUACUGAGCCAUGGAUUCUGAGUUUCCUUUAAAAGUGAAAGCCAAGUUGGUGUAUGUAAAGGAUUUCCAUGUAGCUGUGGUGCUAGUUAUUACUGGCUACAUUAUAUGUAAGUGUAUUUGUGUUCCCCAAGUGUACAAACCUUCCGUCAAAAGUAUGUUCUAUUAUCACUCAUAUUCAAAGUUUAGGCUAUGAAAAUGCAAGCUUAGGAGAGCACUUUACCAAGCUGGUGUCCUCCACUGAAAUUGUUUGUAACGAUAGUCUUUUACAGGUUUUCAUUUGAAGAUGUUUGUGUGCUUUUAAUUGACAACUAACUUCUUGCUGCUGUAUAGUAAAAUAUUAAUAUAUUUUUUAUCAUUAAACUGCUGCAUGACUAUCAUCUUUGAGUGAAGAGAAAAAUGUUAUAAAAAGAUGCCUUAAAUACAGUACAUUUUGGUUUGGAAUUCUGUAGAAAGUAUUUUGGUAAAAAAAGAAAAAAGAAAAAAAGAGGAUCUUGGAUCUUGUCUUGACAGAAAGAGUUCUGGACAUGCAAUUGUUUCUUGGCAAAUCCAGCCAUCUAGAUCUACCUGCUGUAUGUAGAAGAAACCACCGGUAGGACUGGGAAUGGUCAGUACCUUUCCCAUUGGAAAGCAUCCGCCUAGGAAGGCAGAACAGUUGUCUUUUUUGAAGGAUUUUUUUUUCCUGCUGGCUCUUUAGGUUUUGAUUUGAUAUUUUUAAGCUUUCUGGUUGUGUUGUCUUUGUUUUUGAGAUCUACUGUAUGUGUUGAAUAACAAGCUAUUUUCAUUGUACUGUGCAUUUUCCCAUUGUUUGCUUUUCAUAUUCAUACAAUGUUAACUAUGAGGUGACCGUACAAUAGUUAGGAGUUUCUUUACUUACAAAAUCACUGGAAAUUAUUAAAUUGCUUUCCCCUCCCCCCAAGGUGCAUUUUUUUUAUUAUUUUCAUAUAGUAAAGUUGAGCUUUUACAGUGCAUAAUGUGACAUUUGGAAUGCUUAUCAACUGCAUGUAAACAUUAAUAACCUGCACUUUUGUCUUAAGGUUUGUUGAGCUGUUUUGUUCACUGUACUUUAACUGUGAUAUGGAAAAGAUUGCAUUCUCUGUGCUGUUUCUAAUUAGGAAAGAGAAUUGCUUUGAUUUUGUCUCUUGUUUACUAUAGCUUCUUAAAGUUAAGCCUUGUGCUACGAGUUGUUGGAGUACUCCUAGAUCAGUGUUUCGUAGUAGCCAGCAGUCAGUAGUGCAAGUCAACAAAAACACAGCAAACUUAGGCAAAGUGUCCUUUCUUUGAGAUGCAAGUUCUUUCAUAAGGUUUUCUUUAGGGUCAACUGCCUAAAGUGAAACCUUUCUUACUUAUAGACUUCAGAUUCUGCUUGGAAUCCUACUGGAUCAAGAAGCACAUGUACUGUGCUGUUGUCUUUACACUAUAACAGUUAAACACAAUCUUACUAGGACUUUGAAUCCAUUGUCUGAUUUAUGGUCAGUGGGUUUAAAAAGAAAUCCACACGCAGAUCUUUUAAGACUUAAAAAGUGGUCAUAUAGAGAAGACUGAGUGACUGUAAAGAUGCUCUUUUUGUUCAAAGCAUCUCACUUUCUCUCCCCAUCAACCUCCUCACCUCCCUUCCCCUUCUCCUGUUUCAUCCUCCCCUACAUUUAUUUCUCUCCCAGGUGCUCGGUACUUUACCAAGGUUCUAUAUUUCAGUGUAUUAUGUUAGAGUCUCUUCAUGUUUUUAGUUUUACUAGUGGGUAGCCCCAGUUUGUGCUGAAAAAAGAAGGGUAUAUUUGACCAUAUGUGCUGUUCAUAGAAGACAGUAUGAUCAAAUGUGCCAAAAACAAGCAAACAGAACUUAAUUCAUGACAAGUAUGCCUUAUUUUUAUUGAUCUGCUUUGUCUUACAAUUAAGGUCCAAGAGCUUGGUUAAACUAUGUUAUUUGCCUAAGUAAAAAAAGAAAACUUGAAAUGCAUUGAGCUAUUGAUGUUCUUUAAAAUGAGAGACACUGUCAAGUAAUUUGAUCCAGAGAUCAGCCACCAGAUUUGAAGAGUAUGUGUGUGUGUGUGUGUGUGUGUGUGUGUGUGUGUGUGUGUGUGUGGUAGUGGUGAUGGUAUUUGUGAGUUUUCCCCCCCUUAAAUCACCAAAUCUUAUUUUAAAGCUACCUUUUAUUUGUGCCUCCUAUUUAUCAUUCAGAUGUUAGAAGCAGCAGUCAUCCAGCCACAGAGGGAGCUAAAGUUAACUAACCAGAACUGUAGAAAUCAUCAUACAUGUCUUUGACAACAAAGGAGGUUCAUAAGAAAGCCAUGUUGGCUUUUCCUCUACUAGACACACAUUGAAGGUAGAUGAACAUUUGCCAAAUGAGAAAAAAAGACAAAGUAGUCAGGAAAGACAAACUGUUUUCCAGCUUCUCAAAAGCCAUGGAAAGUAGAAACCAAAACCAAUGGGAAAUUUAAACUCUGAAAGUCUCACUUUCUAGUCCCAUGCAGGGGUUAAAAUUUGACUCAAAAUGGAAGGUCUGUCAAUUUUUGUUUUUAGGCCUUUACAUCUAAAGAUGGAUAACUAUUCCAGUUUGAUUUUUUUUUUUCAGGUAAUGGAGAAAGCUGCUAGUGAUUUUAACCCCUGCUGAAAGGAGACAGAUAAUUUCAUUUGGGAGCAAAUACUUAUUGCCUUGAGAAAUAGCACUAUAAUAGCCUAUGUUAAUUAGUCAUAGAAUAACCUUUAUCCCUUUCAAGCUAUGCAAAUUAUUAAAUAAGUGUAAAUUAGAAUUCAAUUAAAGAGAGUUGAUUAUAUUGCAAUCAGAUGGUAUUCACAAACUUAACUGAAGCAUAUACAAAUAAAAUCUAUUAGUUUAAGAGUUUUUUUUAAUGCUGACAUAAAUAUAAUUUAACUACCUAGUGCUGCACACUAUUAACAUUGUAUGAUAGGUCUGGGAAGACUGCCUCCUUUUUUUGAAGAGAGAGAUAAAGAAUUUUUAUAAUUGUUUUUCAUCAAAUUUUAAUAUUUUUGUCAAGUUUUUAGGUAUUUAAUUUGUAAAACAGUUUGCUUUGUACUGGCAUACAGAUAUUAGGGUAUUGAUUUUAAACUUUUUGAAGCCAAGUGAUCAAGUACAUUUGUAAUAAAAAUCAAUGGAUCUCUA